GUCGGUCUUAUCACCCGGUAGUUGUCGCGGGAACUGAUAGAAAAACAAACCGAAGAAACAGACGUUCAACAAGGAUUCGUCCUGGAGAGCUGCAGAGCUGUUUGCUUUCCCAGUUCACUGAUCAAGAAGAUGUCACCAAAAUGUCUCACAGACUGACUAACGAGGAGCUGGACGAGCAGUUUGAGCUGUUCCUAAAGGAGUCUGUUUCAGAUGACUCGGUGGAUUUUGGCAGGUUGGAAAAGUGGACUUCUGCUAAAAGCAGCAAGAAAUCAUCAACCAAGAAACCAACAGUGUCAUGGUGGCAAGAUGAAGAUCACAGCGAUGGAGGAUCAAGGAGAGAGACAACCAAAAGCAGAUUUAUUAAAACCAGAAAGCCUCAGCCAAAGAGUGAUGAAGGUCUGCAGGAGUCUGGGAAGACUUUCAGGAAGUCUCAAUCGAUUCAGGAGGAGAACGAGGAUCCAGGAGGGUCUGGAUUAAAGGUUGGAGAGUUUAAAGAUGCUGAUGACACUGAGCUGGUUCCAGCUGUCAACACCACCAGUUUGGGUUUGGAUACUCUGGAGGAGGAACAAGAGAAAGCUCGCUUUUUCUCACAGCUGGAGGCUGGAGCUUCGUCAAUGAUCGAUUACUCCAGACUGAACAGAGAGCUUGACUCUAUGAGCUCUACUGACGGUGCGAACAUCAGGAAAGCUGAAGAAGACAUGGAGCAGAGUGAUGACAAUCAGAGGAAGGCCAAAGUGAUAGAAGCCAUCAGAGAGUCUUCUGGAUCCCCACACUACAGCGACGAUUUCGAGGAGGAGGAGAAGGGAAAAGAGCCUCAUGAGGAGAAGUCUAAGAUGUCGCCAAUUCUGGCUAAAGUUUCUCUGUAUGAUUCUCUGGAGGACACCGGGGGAGACGGCGGAGGAAAAAACGGCGUAGGAUCACUGGACAGAGGUCAGCCGUACGUGCAGAGUGGAGGGUCAGAGAUGGAGGCUCUUCAUGAAGCCUACAGACAGAUCCACAAGGUGGAAGAUUCAGAUGACCAUCAGCCAUCUAUAGAGAGGAGAGGAAGGAUCAACAGGACUGUGUCUCCAUCUCCUCCUCCUCCUCAUCAUGUGGGACAGUCUCUUCAGCCGGCUUCUACCACUGAGUCAGAGCUCCCCACUGCAGAGGAGUUAAUGAGACCCAUCAGACCAGAGACAGACCACGUCAGAGGAUUCACCCUGCAGCCUGUCAGUGCUCUAGAACAAAACCGGGAGCAGCCUCACUUCCUAGAGAGGACUUUUCCAGAUGUGACUUCUCCAGAGUUAAUCAUGAAAGACUCAGAAGUGGCUGAUCAUGCUCAGGGGAAAUACAGAGCGAAGGGACCAAGCAGCCAGCCACUGGGCUCCCCAGACUCUCCAAACAUUAACCUUACGUGGAGCAUCAGACAGGAAGUGGAGCGGCUGAUGAAGGAUCAGAACAAGCAUGGCACGUCCUCUCAGUUCAGCAGAGCUAAGAAACAAACGUCUUUUCCCCAGGUCUCCCUUGGCUCCACUUUUUCUUACUCCCCUUCUACAUCAGUGAAAAAACCUGCUGCGGCGCCUGCAAGAGGUUGGAGAGUUGAGGGGAGAACAGCGGUUACUUCCAGGUCUGCAGGGACGAGUAGAGCUGCUGCUGCUGCUGCUGCUAAAACCUCAUCUAAUGUUUCCCGACCUCUGCAGCAUGCACAGGGAAAAACUAAAGUCCCAAAGAGCAAGGAAAAAGAAAACUUCCCAGAUCCAGGCCUGAGGGUGAGCAGUGAGCUGGUGUCAUCAGUUCAGUCCUUGGUAAACGUCCUUAAACAGCAGAUAGACACUUCACAUGAGAGGGCUGCAGAGGCACAGGAAGUCUAUGAAGAAACCAGACUGAUGCAUUAUUCACAAAAGAACAAUAGGGAUGACGAGGAGCAGCGCCACCUGUUGGAGGACCUGAGAGCUCAGCUGGCUCAGAGAGAGCAGGAGCUGCAGGUGAUGAAGGACAAAGCCGAGGAGAUCAGCGCACUGAGACAGCAGAACUUCCUGCUGCAGAGCAAGCUUCGAGGUGAAGAGGAAGCCAGUCAGAGGAAGAGAUCGGCAGAGACUGCUGCAGACUCUGCUGCAGGCGAGAGACUCCAACAUAUGGAAAAAGAAAUCAAAGAGCAGGAGACACUUAUCAAAGGUUACCAACAGGAGAAUGAGAAGCUGUAUUCACAGCUGAAGGCUCAGCAGGCCAGGGGUAAAGCCAACGAGGAGGCCAUGUUCAAUGAAAACCAGACACUCUUGAAUCAGCUGGCUUUCACCAGGGAUCAGCUGAGUAAACACUCCAGGCCUGUUGGAAACGUGUGCUUGAUGGAUCACACUCGACGAAUCACAGACUUGUUGGCUCAAAUAGAAACGUUUGAGAAGAAUGAGGCCAAGCUAUGUGAAGACAUUCACAGACUGAAACAGGAGAAAGAGGCUCUGGAGGUGGACCUGCAGCUGAUGAAGAGGGAGAGAAACCUUGCCAAAACUCAGGCCACAUCUUCUUCAGAUGACCGGACUUUGGAGCUGCAUGCAUUGGAGGAAAAGCACAGAGAGGAAGUGACGGCGCUGAAGAAGAAGCUGCAGUGGUUCGCUGAGAAUCAGGAACUCCUGGAUCGAGAUGCCGGUAGACUGAAGGCUGCUACUGCUGAGAUAUAUCAACUUAAAGAGCAGGUAGAAAACUUAAAAACAGAGGUGAGCAAACGCAGCAGUGAGCAGCAGAGAAAAGCCAGAGAGAAAACAGCUGACACUAAGAGGAUGCGGGAUUUGGAGAAACAGGUGAAGGAGCUCGAGCAGAUCCUGAGACAUAGAAAUCCAAACUCUCUUCCCGCUCUGAUCUACGCUGCAGCCUCCGCUGGUGGUCCAGAGGACAAGAAUGUUGACAAAACGUCCCCACCGAGCAGGAUCAACACCCUGCUGGAGCGAAGGAUUCAGCGUUUGGAGGCAGAGCUAGAGAGUCAUGACGAAGAAGCCAAACGCAGCCUGAGAGCAAUGGAGCAGCAGUUUCACAGGAUCAAGCUCCGCUAUGAGCAGCAGAUCUCAGAUCUGGAGCAGCAGCUGGAGCAGAAGCAGCAGCAGAAAGAAGCUCAGACCGAGACAAGAACCUCACAGGUUCAAACUCUGGAGGAGGAGCUGCAGCGUGUCAAAGAAAAUCACCAGGAGAAAGAAAAAUCUCUGCAGGACCAGAUCGAGUCUCUCCAGAAACAGCUUAAACAUAAGGUCCAGCCAAGUCCAAGUCGACACCAGCGACAGACUGAGGCAGCGUUCGGCGUCAGAAUUGACCGUCUGAACCAGGAGCUUGCCACCAAAACCCGAACCAUUCAGGAGCUGAGCCACACAGUGGAGAGGCUGCAGAAAGAGAGAAGGAAUAUGCUGCCUGGGCCAAAACCAAGACCAAGACCAGAAACUCGGCCUGCAGAAACCAGACUACAACAAGGACCUGCAAAGACUCAGAGCUCAGCUCCUGCAGCAGUGAUGUGUGGAGAGGAGGAGACAUUUCCAGCUGCUCAGUACGAGAAAAUGUACCAGCCCACUGUCUUUGCAGGCAGUCACAUCUCCGAGGUAGUUCAGGAGAACGAGGAUCUGAAACAAGAGCUGGAGCGUCUGCAGCUGCAGAGUGAGCGGGACAGAGAAGAGCUGAAGGCCGAUGCGGCCAAAGCUAGAGAGGAGCUGAGCAGGCUGCAGGAGAACUCUGCAGAGCAGCUAUCCUCUCUGAAAGCCGAACACCUCAGAGUGUUGGAUCAGCUGAGAGCUGCUCACGCUCUGGAAUAUUCUGCAUCGGAGGUGGCCAAACUGACCAACAAAGUCCUCACACAGGAGAUAAUGUUGAGACAUCAACAGGAGCAGCUGAGGGAGCUGCAGGAAGCAAAAGACGCUCUGAUGAUAUCGAGGACCAGAGAGGAUGUUCUGCAGAAACAGUUGACCAGACUUCUGCAGGAGCUGAAGGAAGCUAAAGAAGCUCAGAGUCCAGAAGUGAAGCUGCUCUGCAGUCUGGAGAAGAAAAUCUUCAACAUGGAGCUCAGACACCAACACAGAGAGAAGGAGCUGCAGCAGGUAAUCACUCACUCAUGGCAGACAUUAAACACCAGUCAGCACUCAGAGGUGGAGCGUUGGAAACAUCUGGCUCAAGAGAAGUGCAGAGAGAUAGAUGCUUUCCGUGUGGAGCUGGACUCUAUUCUGGACAUCCUGAGACACCUGCAGAGACAAGGAGUGACUUUAACCCCCAUCAGCGCCAUCACAGCUCCAAACACUGCACAGACGAGCUAAUGCUUGCACACACAUUUUCUUCAUAGCUUAUUUAUUUUCUUUACAGUUUAUUUAUCUGUUUAAAUUGUUCAAACUUAAAAAUGCAGUCGUGAAAUAAAAUUUUGUUUAUAAAGUC